AUGGUCGAGCCGCUCGCCGCCGAGGCGCGCGCACCGCACCGACCGCUUCAGGGGCCUGCCGAGCGCCCCAUCUACACUCCGGAAGCCGAGAUGGGAAGUCUAAAGGACGACCCUCAUAAAGUACACUCAGUCGAAAUAUUCUUAUUUUCGAAUGGACAACGAGGCUCGCCUCCUAGAAAAUAUAACGUGCGUGUCGAUGACCGAUAUACUACGUUAAAUUUCUUGGCGCGGUCACAGAGCGGAUCUGACCACAACAUAGAGCUGUACACUACAGCCGGUAAAAAAGUAGGGAAAGCUCUUGAAUUGGGCAACGGAGCCGCCUACGUGGCGGUGGAGCCCCCGCAGGCGUUUAUCCCGUCCGACUACAACGACUACCUUAUGAAAGCAUCUAGAUCAAGAGAAAAACGUCACGAGAAAUUACCACAGAUAGAUUCAAUAAUGCCAGAUAUAACUAAUGCCAAACACGAAACAGAAGAACUAAUGAAAGACGGCACAAAUAUAAAGAUAAUUCAAGAUAUAACAAUACGGCCUACCAGCAAGACAGCUGUUAAAGAAGACAACGUCGCUACACAAAAAAAUAAUUUAGAGCCUGCUAGAACAGCUAAACCAAUAGGACGACUAAAUAAUAAGCAGGCUCUGAAAAAAAAUCCUCAACCGAACUCAAAUAUUUUAAGGAAAAAUACGAAUAGUGUUACUCCUGUUAAAAGAAAAAAUAAUAUUCCCAAAGUAGAUGCAGCAAGCAAAAAAUUUGAAACAUCUCCGUUGCAAAAUACUAAAAUUAAUCCUAUUACAAAAAUAAUUGAAAGAUUUGAAAAAAAUUCAAAAGGUGACGACGUAGCCGGCGUCAUUACAAUCGUUAAAAAUAAUCAGGAAAAUACUGAUUGUCCUGAAGCAUAUGAUUUACUGAAACAUACAGAUACAACUGGUGAGCCUUCUAACAGAUCAAUAGAAAAUAAAACGCCACAACUAUUAGCAGUUCAUUCUAUGCUUAUAGAAAGAAAUAUAAUGCUUCCCAUGUCUCAGGAAAACGACCUGCCUAAAUCCGCUACAAUACCAGUCCAGAACCAUUCUAAAAUAAAUCUGUUAUUGAGUAGUGAACCUUCACAAGAUAUUGUCCCCGAAUUUCGUGAAAGCCCACAAUUGCGAGAGACUCUACUAAGUGAUAAUUCUAAAGAAAUUGGAACUCAGGUCGCAACGACUGAACUAACCAAAGUGCCGAAUAGAUCUCAAAAAAAUGCUACGAUUUUCGGUGACCAAACAGGUGACAAUAACUUCACCAUUUACGUAAAACAUACUGAUGUAAGAAAUGUAAUGCUUAACAUAGAAGUAAAAAAAAUAUCCAGCUCUAUGUUUGAAGCGAGACAUAGUGAGCCCGACGUCCAGGACUCAGCUAAGAAUCCUGCUGAGGCCAAAAGCUACCGUGAAGCACUGACACUUACCGAGCAAUGGCGUGGACACGUCUCCUGCGAGCAAUUACAAAUAUUACAACCAAAUGAUGUUAGCCAAGGUGUUUGCCUAUGUAAUUGCUGCUCGAAUUCUAGAACGGAAGGUGCAGCAGCGUCUAUUUACGUUGAUAAUAACAACUACUUUAUUUUAUUGCCCCCAGAAGAUAUGAAUGAACAAUUAUUAAGCUGCGCUUGCAAAAUGGAAAGAAAUCAAGAAACCAAACGUGAGAUACCCAACUACCACGAGUUAGCAACAAUUAAAAAUCACAUUAUUAGUAAACUAGAUGGGCAUAAUAGUUCACCAACAAAUACAAACGACUUAAAUAAAAAUUUCGAAAGCAGUGGAAAAGAUGGUGAUAUGAAUCAAUGUGAGUGCUGUGACUGUAACCAAAUUUUGGAUGUCGAGUUCCCCGUCAAUGAUAAGCAAACAGUCAUUUGUCGAAACUUUGUUACCGAGGAACGCAUGUUCGGCCAAAAUAACCCCACAGAGCUCAAGGAUGCCAUCACACAAACUGAUUGGAGUGGUAUAGUGCUUGAAGUCCGACCUGGAGAAAACGGGAGCUACGAAUUUCACAUACCUUCGCUUAAAGCUCUCAAAAUGGCUGACUCUUUAUAUAAAUGAGAACUUUAAAUCCGCU